ACACGCGAAUGCUUUGCCGCUUGAUAACGUCGCAUUGUCUUUAAUUGGUAGUUACGCGCGUUUUCGUAUUCAUAAUCGUAUGUUCGGUAGAUGUUUUUUUGUUAUAAGCACAUUUAAUCACCGCCAGUUCAAGUCAGUGCCACCGUGACGAAUCGUAGACAAAGUAAUCGCAACACCAUCUCUACAUUUGGUAUUACAAACGAGUCCGUACUAGUGUUACUAGAUAAAAAAAUUAAGUUGUGUUUACUAACAUUGGAAUACAAGUUGAAAGCGAAAGCGGGAGUGUGUUAAAUAUAUAAUCGUUGAACUGUAAUGCCAUGAGGUAUCAAGAGCUAAUGGCGAAUGGAACGUCUGAAUAUUCUCCGGCCAAUGGUUCCUCUUACGGAAAGGGAGACCGAUAUACGGCAGCUCCAAAUGAGAUCUUUGUGAACAGAUCGCUGCAUUUAGAAAAUGUCAAAUUCUACGGCUUCGACAUGGAUUACACUCUGGCAGAGUAUAAAUCGCCACAGUAUGAAACGUUAGGAUUCAACUUGACCAAAGAGAGAUUAGUGAACAAAGGGUAUCCGCAAGAAAUUCUGGAAUUCGAAUACGAUCCAUCGUUUCCAGUGAGAGGUCUAUGGUUCGACACGUUGUACGGUAACUUGUUGAAAGUGGACGCGUACGGUAACAUUCUUGUGUGCGUGCACGGUUUUGAAUUUCUUAAACAUUCUCAAGUAUAUGAAUUAUAUCCUAACAAAUUCUUAACAUUGGACGAAUCUAGAGUGUACGUACUCAACACAUUGUUCAAUUUGCCUGAGACUUAUUUGAUAGCGUGUUUGAUAGAUUUCUUCACGAACUCUCCGCAAUAUACAAGAGAAAAAACCGGGGUAAGAUGCGGAGAUCUGGCCAUGUCGUUCAAGUCCAUAUUCCAAGAUGUAAGGAAUGCGGUGGACUACGUGCACAUCCACGGGGACCUCAAGAAGAAAACCAUAGAAAACCUAGACUUGUACCUGAAGAAAGAUGAAAGGUUACCGACUUUCUUGUCCAGGAUACGAGACAGCGGCUCCAAGUUGUUCAUACUGACGAACAGCGAUUACAAUUUCACAGACAAGAUUAUGAACUAUCUGUUUGAUUUCCCGCAUGGCGCUAAGCCCGGUGAGCCACACAGAAACUGGAAGACAUACUUCGACUGGAUCGUAGUGGAUGCUAAGAAGCCACUGUUCUUCGGCGAAGGUACCACGCUGAGGCAAGUGGACACACGCACGGGCGCUCUGAAGAUGGGCCACCAUGUGGGGCCGUUGCACGAAGGACUCGUCUACUCUGGAGGUUCAUGUGACGUAUUCACCGAGCUUAUAAGCGCGAAAGGCAAAGACGUGCUAUACAUCGGCGACCACAUAUUCGGCGAUAUCCUCAAGUCGAAGAAGAUCGGGGGUUGGCGCACGUUCCUCAUAGUGCCGGAGUUGGUCCAGGAGUUGCACGUAUGGACCGACAAGUGCCAGCUGUUCGCGCAGCUGCAGAACUUGGAUAUACAGCUCGGAGAUAUGUACAAAGAUUUAGACUCGAGUACAAAAGAGAAGCCGGACAUAUCGAAGUUACGCGCCGCCAUCCGUGACGUCACGCACAAAAUGGACCUCGCGUACGGCAUGCUAGGGUCGCUAUUUCGAUCUGGAUCUAGACAGACUUUCUUCUCUUCACAGGUGGUAAGGUACGCGGACCUGUACGCGGCAUCGUUCCUCAACCUGAUGUACUACCCGUUCUGCUACAUGUUCCGCGCGCCCGCCAUGCUCAUGCCGCACGAGUCCACCGUCGCGCACGAGCAGCGCUUCACCGUCGACACGCCCACCAUCGACAGAUCCCGGCAAACAAGUGCACAGAGAGCAUUCAGUACAACAUACAUCGCUGAAGUGUCUUCCGAAGAUGUCUCAACUUCCCAGGAGGUCAACGAUACUAAGAAUUCGGCGUCAGUCCCGCACGUGCGGCCGGAGACCCCGCGGCGGCUCACGCACACGCACGACGAGGACUGCUCGGAUGAUGACGACGUGGCCAAGGGACACAAGUAGGCACGGGGUGGUCAUGUGACGGCUACAAAUUGCGCUGAGACUAAAAUGAAUAAUGCUGGAAGACCUGAACUCUUGAGGAAAUAUAAUUUGAACCUUCAAUGAACUGAAGUAAAUGUUAUAUUAUAUAUAAAACUAUUUCUGUUAUAAUUAUUAUUUGAGUACCUUAACACAUUGACGAAUAUUAAGUUAAAAUAUUUAGCACAUCUAAUUUCAAAGAAUCUUUUAUUUUUCACUUUGUAUUAUUUUUCUAAUUGACGCUAUGGUGUAGAGAAAUUUUAAAGGACACGGUAUAAAUCCAUAAUUACUGUCAGUGAUUAAAUUGCGUUCAUUGGAGGUUCAUUGCAUAGGAUGUAUUCGUACCAACGUUAAUUAAUUCAAAUUAUAUCAUUGAAUAUGUUAUUCUGAUUAUUAUAUAACAUAAUGUUACUGUUAAUAUUGAAUGGUACAACAUUUCAGUGAGUUUGUGUUACUUAGUUUUAAUUUUUGUAUUAGUUAUUAACUCGUGGCAUUUUAUACAAUAUGCUUUUAUCUAUGUUAUCAUGCUUAGUGAUCCUUUUUUGUUAUUCCAUAAUACGCGUGCUUGUCAAGUGCGAGAAAUGGAUGUAUUGUAAUUUAUAAUUGUAUUUUCGUUGCCAAUUUUAAUAUAUUUUAUAUUGUGUUGCAGAUUGAUACGAGAAAUGUAAAUAAAUAAAUAUAUUUCAUUGUUUUAUGUGAGUUUGUAAAUUAGUCUUUUUUAUUCGUUAGUGUAAGUUGGAACAUGUCAAUUCUGAUAAUAAUAAUCUUCUCCUAAUCUUACAAUAAUAUAUAUUGACAAUGUUAAAAGCAUUAAAAAAACUUUGCAUCUUUGAAACGCACAUAUAACCUUCAUUUUAAAUGUGUUAAUGAUAGUAUGUUUUGUAAAGGCGGUAGAUAGAUAUUUGUACACGUUAUGUAUAAAUUUGACUGAGCUGCACAUGUAUUUGUAUGUUUUGUGUAUGUAGGGGUGUACACAAGUAUUCUCUAUUACGCCUAUAUUGGUUACAACAGAUAUGUGAUUAACUAGUGAAUUUUUGAAAUGAAAAUUUUCGUUAUUCGUUAACGUAGAGGAUACAAUAUUAAAUAAAUACAAUGAACAAUA